UGUUGCUGCUUGCUGAAGGAGGACCUCUGUGUUGGCAAGGGGACCCUGAGCAGUGUAGUUCUUAGUUCUUGGGUUUUUUUGAACCAGUGACUUGAUCUAGCUCUCCCCUGCAACGGCCAGUUACUUUUCUGAUCGUGGCAGACGGUUAUACAAACGUAGAUGUGGUGAUGGCUGGAGAACUAAAAGGAUUGGGCUAAGAUUGUUGAAUCACAUCUGAAUGGUUAAUGAGCAGUUAGUAUUAUAUAUUAUUAUGUAGUUAGUAGUAAUAGUAUUAGCAGUUAGUGUUAGUAUUCUAUGUUGAAUAUAACGUGCAAAAUAGUUGAAUGAAUAACAGAAUAGUACAAGAAAAAUAGUUUUAAAAACCUGUAUUAGUGGCCUUUAUAGCAAGUUUACAUAGAACUAGAUACAUAGAGAGCACUUUAUUAACUUUGGAAUAGGCAAGUAGGGAACUCCUUGGCUAAAUUUUGUCUUGGAAUUAAAACGCUUGUCUACAGAUAGCUGUCAUGCAGUCUUCUGCCCUACAUGUUGUUUUCCCUCUUUCCUUGUCCACAGUAAUUUACAGCUCCCCUAUAUAAGCAUGUGGUUUUUAUUUGUCUUUAAAGUGUUGUACAAUACUGAAGUUGUGAGCGCUUGCUUUUUUUAGAGCAAGGGUGGUUGUGUGUGGCUGAGUUUUUGGCUGGAUUUUUUUGUGACCUUUUAGUAGUUUAAAAGGUAAUAAGCUGUAAUGGCAGGCUGAAGGGAGAGAUAUUUCUCAGACGUACCCAGAAUAAAUCCAAAACUCUUUCUUCCUAGUGCUUUUAUUUCUAGAGAAACCUAGCCAAAGGAUGGUACAGCUACAUCUGUGUUUUAGUAUCAAUGUGGAAUUUGUACUGAACUACUAAUUUUCUCUGUCUUCCUUCAGGUCGUAUGGAGCUCUGUUGCCCUAAUUUUUAGUAAGGCCUUUUCCAUUAAGUUAGAAAUAGGGAAUGUUUAGUUAAAAAAAAAAAAAAAAAAAAGCUCUAGCAGUUCUUGUUUCACUUUUGAGUAGUCAAACAAACCAUCAGUUUCCUUAAAUUGAAAAUAUGUGGAAAAAAAUGCAGAGAGUCAGAUGAAGUAUUUAGAUUUCAAGCUGUAUUUUAUUUUGUGUCAAUUUAGUAACAAACCAUGGGAAACAGAUCUUUCAGCUCCUUAGGACUAGAAUUUUACAUAAAUGUUUCGCAAUGAGUAAAAACUUCCCAACAAAAAGGCUUGUAAGAAUUCCUUAAGGGUGUUUGGUUUUUUUUUAAAUAAUGUUCAUUCUCCUUGGUGUUUUGUUUUUGUUUUCACUCUCUACGGAGCAGACAGUAUGUUGGCCUGGUACAGUGUAACCCACUUAGUCCUGUAGGGAUGGGCUUUGGUCACACAGUUAUAUUGGGAAAAAUAUGAAUGCACAAUGUAGCCUGGCCAACAGAGGCUGUUACUGCUAAGAGUCCCUGGAGGAAAAGGGAAACUAAUGCAAGGGAGAAAGAGGAGCACAUACAAGCAGAAAUAAUUGCUUGAUAAGUUGUUGAAAGAGCAGAAACAGUAACAAAGAAGUAGGUUGCAAGGAAAAUGUCACUUAACUCAUGAAUUGUUAGAAAUGUUGGACCAAGAGCAGCAGCAGCACCUAAGGGUGUUUUGAAGUUGGCUGAAAGUAAUUUAAGCUGGGAGAUGCUGAGAAAUGUCAACUCUGAUUAAAUCAGAGAAAUAGUUUGCUCAUUCAGCUUGAAUGUGGGGAACAAGAUGGAAAGUGAAGGCCGGGUCUCUGCAAGGUUAAACUAACAAAGGUAUAAAUGUAGGUAUUUCUCCUGACAAGUUUUCCUUAUUGAAUUUAUGGCUAGAUAGAAGUUAGCAAAAAGGAAGUGAUUCUGACAGUAGGUACUGGGAUGAUUUCAUGAUCCAGAGGUUAUGUAGACCUAAGGAGUCCUUCCCUUGGCUGCUGCUGCUUUUGUAGUCCCGCGUCAUGCCAGGCAACUGUAUGAAGUAGAGUCCUGAACUAUGUAGGAGUUAAAAAAACUUAUAAAGAAACCCCAAAACACAACUUCUUGGUAUACAAAUGAGUGGCAACAGCUGUAUGUCAGUUCAGUUUGGGUUGUGUUGCAGAUUAUUAUGAAUAAGCUCUAACGAUAUUCUGGCAUUGAUAAAGUGUGUCUAGGCUGCUUACAACUGGAGGCAAUUUUCAGAUAACCUGUCAUCAAAUUAUUAAAGGUCUGUCCAACAGAAAAGAUAGACUACCUUCACAGUGCAAUGGUGAAAUCGUAAAGGAAGGAAGACUUGCAAGAUGAUUAGGAUCUCAGUAGGUCGAGCCAUAUGCUUGAAGGGCUUCUAGGCAUCCAGAGAGCUAAGCUGCUGGCAAGUGGCCAUCAGUAAAGGGGUGUUCCUGAUCCACAGCUCUUAGGUCGGUACCCCAUGGAGGGGAAGGUCAGUUUGGAGGCUAAUGACUGAGCUUGUAAUGCAUUCUGAAGUACAAAGCGUGUACCAUCUUGACUUCAUAUCUAUAUGUUUCUUCUUGAAUAGAGAGCAAGAUCUUUCAAGGUCAAACAGGCUUGUGGCCUCCUACGCACUAAAAAAAAUAUUCUUGUGCCACUUAAUUGGCCAGGGUGUAAACCAGUACCUUCUAAAUGCAAGAACAAGGAUUGGCUAAGCAGAGAAAAGGGAGAAAACUUGCUUUUGUCUUUUCAGAUUUCUGGAAACUUGGAGAUCUGCUAUAGGUGACAAAUAUAACUACUCUGUAGUGAAUAAGGGCUGAGAGAUGUAAAAACUCCACAAAUAGUAAGUGUCUAGGAAACCAGGAGGAUCUAUUCCCGUAACAAUGGCAGCAAAAUCAUCCCUCCUGAAAGUCAUACUGCUAGGGGAUGGUGGAGUUGGGAAGAGUUCCCUUAUGAACAGAUAUGUCACCAACAAGUUCGAUGUGCAGCUGUUUCACACAAUAGGUGUGGAAUUCUUAAAUAAAGAGUUGGAAGUUGAUGGACAUUUUGUUACAAUGCAGAUAUGGGACACAGCCGGUCAGGAACGCUUUAGGAGCUUGCGGACUCCUUUCUACAGAGGUUCUGACUGUUGCCUGCUAACCUUCAGUGUGGAUGACUCUCAAAGCUUCCAAAACUUAAGCAACUGGAAGAAAGAAUUCAUUUAUUAUGCAGAUGUCAAGGAGCCUGAAAGUUUUCCAUUUGUGAUACUGGGUAACAAAGUUGAUAUCGAUGAAAGGCAAGUGUCUGCAGAAGAAGCCCAAGACUGGUGCAGGAAUAAUGGCAACCAUCCCUAUUUUGAAACCAGUGCAAAAGAUGCCACUAAUGUUGCAGCAGCCUUUGAAGAAGCUGUUAGAAGAGUUCUAGCCUCAGAAGAUAGAUCAGAUCACUUUAUUCAAACAGAUACAGUAAACCUGAAUCGGAAACCAAAACCCAGUUCAUCUUGUUGUUGACUUAAAACUUUUUUUUGGCCAAAUUACUUUUGACUAGCUUGCUCUAUAAAAGGAUGGGGAAGGUGUAAUAGAUAAAAUAACAAAUGGGUUUCACUCUAAUAUUAAAAUUGUAAUAAUCUGCUGCUGUCUUGGGAGCAAAUAAAAAUUUCCAUUCUUGAGUGACCCAUUGAAUUAGUGACACUUUCUGUUUAGGAAGGUGUCAGAAACGUUAAUAUAAGAAUGUAAUUUGCCAACUUUAUUCAAAUGAUAAAUACUUUGAAUAUAAUUAAAACUUGAAAGUUCUAGAAGCACUACUUUGGAGAAACUGUUCUGGAAUUCAGGCACAAAGAUACUUUUGUAUGUGUAUAUUUUUAUGAAAUCAGCAUUCCAUCUCUGUUUCACUAGAAGUCAGUUUCUUAACAAUGCUAGAUAUUAAAUUUCAGUCUCACUACAUUCCUUUUGCUGUGAGUGGUACUUCAUCUCUAAUGUGUUUAUUUUAAGUUAAUACCAGUUACCUUCAGGUCGUCUUCUAAUUGCCUAAUGUUGCUCUAAUUUGUGUAGGUUUAAGUAGGAAGUAAAUUUCCUACAUAUUUAAUGUCCAUUUGCCUUUCAUUUACUAUUCUAAUGCUGUACUAAUUUUUCCAACAGUUUAAUGUGAGAUACUGAUGAAUUUUUAAGUUAAUACCUGUGUUUGCCUUAAGUCCCAUUCUAGCAUGUUUCUGAUCAAAAAGGUAAAAAAUCUGAGCAACUGAAGUAUAACCAUUUUUAGUUAUGAAAAAGAUGCUUUAUUCAGUCAGCUUUAAUAGCACUUGAAGGGAUCCACAUUAUGACAAAUUUGUAAGAGAACUUUUAGUAUACAGCCUUAAAGUUCCAAACUUCUUGUUCCUGUUAACCUGAGCUGUGAAUGUGUUUACUAGUAAUCUCUGCACUGUGAAACUAAGGAUUGGCAAUACAUAGGGAACUCAGGAAGCUCUUGACUUACAGUAGAUUGUGACAGCUUUCAGCCCUAAUACAAGUAAAUACCUACAGCUAGUGUUUGAGCUGGAUUUGAUCCUUAUUUAAUUAGCUAUUUUAGGAUAUGGACUUACACAUUUAAGACAAUGUUUUUUGUAUUACUGUAUUCAUUACACAAUGAUGAACAGAAGCAAAUUCUGUAUUUAAUGGACAGUCUUCCUGCAGUAAUGCAGAUGAAACCACAGGUGGUGUAUUUGAGGCUCUCCAUUGCAGCUAAGUGGUAGAAUACUUGUACAAGAAGUUGUUGAAUGUUGGCUCUCAGAGUACCCACUGUCCUUGUAAUAGCAAACUUGAUAGCAUACUAUUGCUUCAAUGUGUAAUCUGACUGCUAACAGGCAUGCACAUACACAUGUUGUGGACUUCAGAAGGAAGUCUGAGGCCUAUAGGACAGGCCAUGUUAUUCACUAAACUACACAGACUCUGCUUUUGUACAGCAAGUUUUUUGUUCCAAUAGGAAAGCCUUUCUUCAGAGUACAGUAAGAGCAAGAGUUUUCUCUUAAGGAAUCUGUUCAGUCUGUACAAGGUGUAAUUAUUUGGAAGUAAAGCUUGCAAAACAAA